CUGAAACCCUACUAAAACCCUAGUUCACUUCUCAAGUUAUCUUGCAGGUUCAAAUUCGUCCACCCAAACAAUUCAAAUUCCUUCCUCAUUCACCACAUUGCAGCCAUGGCGGAUCGCGAAGGUGCUGGCCUAAACCUGCAUGCAAAGGUCACACACGACGCGAAGCUCAAAGAACUGCUCCACAGGAUCACCUCGCUGGAGAUAAAGCUAUGCUCCGACGCCGCAAAAGAGUUCAUCAAGCUCCUUAAAUCCGAAGACGGAGGAUCGUUGCUGCGCGAGUACCUUCGCGGUUCACCGAAGUGUUCUGAGUUAUUGGGAGCAUGGAAGCUAAGGCAAGGAAAACAGGGAAUGCACUAUGUAUUGGACCUAGUUUCCACCAUCCUUAACCACCCUAUCGGAAAAUACAAUCAUGCUGACGUGGAAAGUGUGUGUGUUAGCAAAGAACUCGACAAGUUCGCGAGGUUGAUUUUUGCUGAGUAUAUAGGUGAUGUUUAUAAGGAGUUGAGUAGUAAGGAAGUGAAGCGCCAGAAGGCUGCACUUAUGCUCAUGGUUUCGGUGGUUCGGCGGGGACAUAGUUUGGCCUCUGAGGUUGCCAAGAAUUUCGAUUUUAAGCACCCGGAAUUCAAGCGAAUUGCGGAGCCUAAGAGGAGGAACAAUGACGAGAGGAGUGCCAAGAUUGGGGGGAGGUGGUUAUUAUUGAGAAAGUCGUUUGUUGGGUUCGCUAUGUCUUUUUUGGAGGUUGGGAAGCCUGGCCUACUCAGAUGGAUUCUGCAGCAGAGGGAGAUGUAUUAUGGCGUGCUUCGUGGAUUGGGAAACGACGAUGAUGAGACAGUUAUGUUUGUUUUGACGACUCUGCGGGACAGGGUUCUUGUGAAAGAGUCGUUGGUGCCACCGAGUCUGAGGAGUGUGUUGUUUGGGAGUGUGACGCUGGAUCAGCUGGUUGGUGUUUGUGGAAGGGAUGGUGGUGGUGAUGCUGCUGAGUUGGCGUAUGAGGUUCUUGUUAUGGUCUGUACUAAUCCGAUUAAUGGGUUGAUGCCGGACUUGGAAAGGCGUCCGAAUCCGUUGAAGGGUAAUCCGAAGAGGAUCAUGGGGUUCAUGAGAAAGCUGAGGGGGACUGAGAUUCAAUACCACAGAGAUUUGCUUCUGGCGAUUUCUAAUGCCAGAUUUUCUUUUGGCUUGUCAUAUUUGAAAGAGUUUCCGUACAACAUUGAAGAUGAUACAUCACCUUCAUGGACAUAUGCAAUAUCUGUGGCAGCUGAUUUGGUUUCAUCCGUGGGGAAUGGCCUUUCCAAGGAACUGGUUGAUUGUCAAUCAAAGGAUCUGCAAUCAUUUGACAAAAUGGAUUUACUCAGUACCGUGAAGUGCUUGUUUCCUCGUCCAUUUAGCAGGUCAAUUUUUAAUAAGGGAUUGCUUAGUACUAAACCUCAUGUGAAACAUGGCGCUCUAAGGCUUAUCCUGGAGUUAAUGAAAUUUCUAGAUUCUCUCUUUGGUGGUAUGAGCCGCAAUUCGAGUUUUAGAUAUAAAUUAUCACAAUAUAUGGGGUCUACCAAGCAGGAGAUUCAGAAUUAUGUUCAGGCAUUUCUUCCUGAUCCUCAAGUUUUAAUAUCUCUGAUUUACCCUUUAGAUUCCUGUUCAGAGGCACAAGAGUCAAGUUUGAAGAGAACUGCAUGUAAUCUUGAACAUGUCAGCAACAGCAGAAAGAAGUUAAAAAUGGAUACAUCAGAGAAUGACGUAGAUAUAGUUGUUGGUGGGAUUAGUACAGGUCCAGAUAUUGAUUUGGCCAGCGACAGUGGAGCAGUUGACAAUGACGUAAAACCUGAUACGUUGGACGAUGAAGAGGAUCUCAUGAAUAUUAUGGGGGAAAUUUGGAGUGUGGAUCUCUGUUCCAUGGGUGUCAGCACAUUGAGGGAUGCAGAAUCAUACUUAAAGUCUAAACUGCUUGAUGCUCUCAAAUACUAUCGCCGAACUUUGCCUUUCACUCUGGAUAAAUCUUUUGAGUCUUUCAAGGAUCUUCUCAAAAACCCAUUGGAGUUAACAAGUAAUCUGCAGGUCUCAUUGUUGUCUUUGCUAGCGGAAUAUAUUGAAUGGUGUCCGGAAAAUGAUAUUCCAAUAAGAACUCCUCCCAUGUUGUACAAAUAUCUCCAGCCGUUACUUAAGUUGCUAAUGUUUUCACCAGUCAAUGGUGCAAGGGAUCAGGCAUAUAGGCUGGCUAUGGCAGCUAUGUUUAGUACUGGUGCUUUUGACAGGAACCCUCAUGAAAUAGAAGCAUGGUUUUUAUAUUUACCAGGUUAUCACAAAACGAGAUCCCCCAUCAAUAUCCUGGAGGUAGAAGUAUUGCAGAGUUUGUGCUCAACUGUCAUAUCAUUCUUGUGUGAUGCUGUUUCUACAAUUGGGAAUAAUUUAUUCAAAUAUUGGAGUAUUCUUAAGAACUAUGUCGAUGGUUUGAAAGGUGGAAAAGAGUUUUCACCUGAUUUUAGCCCUUUGACUGUAUGUGUGCUGGAGAAAUGUCUAAGGGUGAUCAGAUCUAAAUCAGGAACCUACUCGCUGCCUAAAAAAUCAAUGGUAUUAUCAUACACUUGCAAUACAGUCAAGUCUCUCUUGCAAACACAGGUCGAUGCUGAAUUGUUAUCUGCUUUAGUUACUGCAGACUUAACGCAGAGACUUGAUGACAAUUAUGAAUAUGACGGAGCAUUUCCCAAGUGGAAGCCAAUGAAGAAUUUGUUGGAUUUUCUGGAUAGCAUAUCAUGCCAACAAAAUUGCUCACAUUUUUCUAAGAAUGAGGAAUCUGUGCCUUCUGAUGGCUCCUUAGGAAGUGCACUUGGUGAUAUAAAAGGAUUAUUAAGUAGCACUGCUAGCAAUGAGAUGGUUGAAACAUCCAUGGCUCUCCUAUCCUCCUUUAUUUGGGGAGGAGUUGAUGAUAAAUUGAUGAAUCUGCGAUCACAUGCACUCAUUUCACACGACUUACUUGGAGUUCCUUUCUCACUUUUGUCAUCAGUGUUUUUUCUUGAUCCUAGUGUUAUUCUCCAUGCUUCCAAGCUGUGGCCUGUAAAGUUUGCUGUUGGCUUGGACAUGGCCAUAUCAGAUCUUGAUAGUAAUAGUCAAAAUGCUCCUCCUGUUGAUACUUCUGAUCUUACUUCUCAUCCUGACUCCCUAACAUGCAACCAACUUCUGGAUUCUUCUGAAGCUGAUGUCACUGCAUUCAGUAUCUUUCUAAAACAGGCACCUUUCCAUGUGAUAUUUCCUGCAGUGAUGUGUAUGGAAGGUUCUGAUAUAUCAAAGGUAUCUAAAGUGAAAGACCUGCUUCUGCAUAAAUUAUCUAGGUCCAUGAGUGAUUCCUCCCUUCUUCACUCUCUGAGACUUGUGCUCUUCUGGACUCACCAGAUUCAGUUGUGUUAUAAAGUUAAUCCGUUAGCUAAAACUGAAUGGCAUUUGAAUCUAUGUGUCAUUCUUGUAAGGAAGAUGCUAGCACAAUUGUUGGUUCCAGAAGGUUCUUUGGACUGCUCUACAAACUCUGCUUUUUGUUCUUCAAGCUAUAACACUCAAGAAGUGAUUAAAAUAAUCUUUUGUCAUCCUUCUGUUUUGAUGUCAUUAUCCUCUCCAUUGGGAAGUAGUCACAACUUUACAAAUGUCACUGUAGGGAAUGGCUUUGAGGUGGUCAACGGAUUAUCCGGAGAGGAGUUUCACAAAUUUAGGAAUCCAAUUUUAAAUAUAUUGAGAAUGGCUCUAGACUACAUGUGGUCCUUAUGUAGUACCCAACUUUGUGCAUCAGAAGCCCAAGAAGUUACCAAUAAUAUUGUGGAAGCCUUUAAAGGUCUUCAACACAAGCUAUUUGUAAUUGUUAGAGACAGAUUUGAGCUGUGUAUUUCUGCUAAAGAUAUAAUGCCUCUCCUUCCAACAUCAUAUGCAUUGCAUUUUUGCAUUCGGUUUUUAUCUCCUUUUAAGCUCCUUGAAUUAGUAGACUGGAUAUUCAAAAGAGUUGAGGUGGAUGAUUUGCCAACUAAGAAAUCCUGUUUGUCUAUUGGAUGUUCCUUGGUUGCCGGUGCUUUUAAUACUUUGUCCAUUUAUUUUCAACAGCCAAUCAGGAACCGAGCACCCUAUGAUAACUUUUGGGAGAUAUCUGAAAAGAAUAUGAGAGCUGAUGCUUUCGAGCAGAUCUACAGCAGGGUAGUUGAGUUUUCUCUAAAUUAUGAAACAGAUUGUGCAGAUAAAUGCUUAGUUGAAGCUGUGAAUGCUUUGUAUAUGCAGAAACACAUGCAACAAGAAACAUUUCAUCCUUUGCUGUUGGUCAUGUGCAAAAUUGUAAUGGUUACUCCUGUGCGAAUGCUUUUUCAAUGUGUUCAGAAAACAAAUGCACAGAGAGCAAAAUUCCUGUAUAUCCUCACUGAAAUGAGCUCUGUUCACUCGUCAAUCUUUGGGCAUUUAUUUUUGGCUGUGGUGAAUAAGGGUUUAUAUCAUGAUAAUAUUGGAUUUGAGGGACAAGCCUCUGAUGUUACUCUUUCAGAGGAUCAGUUUUUGCUGCUUCUACCUGCUGCUUUGUCUUAUUUGAGCCAAAGCUCUAAGAGAUUUGGGAGGUGCAAUGACAAAGAUCUUAAACAUUUACCAUACUUUUACUCCAAGAUUCUUUUGAAAGGUCUUAGUGAGUGGAACAAAUUUAUUUCAAAAGACAUAUUUGAGGAAGAAUAUGGGGAAUUCUUUCCAGCAUCUGUGCAACAACUACUGUGUCAUAUGGAUCAUAGUCUUCUUGGAAAAUCAAUCCAUAUGUUGCAGUACUACUUUGCUCUUAAUGGAGAUUCAAUGAAAUUGAAGAAGCGUCUAAAGCUGUUCAAAUCCAUUUGCCAACAUUCUGCUGCACGUGAUGAACUGAUGGACUGUGAUAGUCAAGUUAUUAAUAAUUAUUCAUUGAACCAAUCUCUCAACUUAAUUUAUCGUGUUGUUGCAAGGAUAUCAUUUUGCAAACUAUUAUUGUUUCCUGAAGAAGCAGGUGAGGAUUUCAAAGUGGCUCCUGCUGAAAUGCAAAGCAAAUUGGAUACAUCCAGGAUAAGAUAUAUAAACUUGUUGGUGGAUAUUUGGCAGUCUAUUGUUAAGAAAACAUCUUUGCCUCCUCCUAAUCAGGCUGGAGCUGGAAAAAGCACAAACAUUUUGUUGCUAUAUAAUCACUUGGAGGUCUUUGUGUUAGAAAGUAUUCUUGAGUUAACAGUAAAGAUGCAUGAUGGUCUUAUCCAGUUGCAGUCCAUUGCUUUCCUAGAGCAAUUAAUCAGACAUGCUUUUCUAUAUAGAUUUGGUGAUUUUACAACAAUGAAGACCCUCCGUCUUAUAUUAACUCAGCUUAAUGAGGGCAGCCUAUCAUGUGAUACAUAUCUUCAGUUGUUACUUGCCCACUCGCAGUUUGCCUCCACUCUUUAUUCAGUGUGCAAACCAGCAGGUUCUUUAUUCAAGCCAGUAUCCAGCAUUCUGAAAUGUCUUGUCAUCCCUUCUCAUGACCAUCGUGAAAAUGAUGAGAAGCUCACUGAGAAAUUGACUGAUCUUUCUACAGGACCAUUGGAAAUUGUUAGAUUGCUUCGGGUACUUUUAUGGAUGAGGGGUCAUCAAACUGAUAUAGAUUCUGGAAAUGAUAUUGGUAUAAAUAUAAAAGAAUUGCAUGCACUACUAUGUCGUUGUUAUGGUGCAACACUCAAUCAGAUUGAUUUGGAGAUAUAUAAUCUGAUUCAUGAAAUUGAGUCUAUGAGUGGAUCACAGUCUUUGAACUUAUCUGAUGUGGAGUGCCUAUGGGGACUUGCUUCUUUGGACCCCAACAUGGGCCAUUCUCUUGAACAGUGUGCAUCUUCUAAUAUCAAGUUUGAUUCAGAACCAAUUGAAGUAUGCUCUGGAAGCCAAAAUAGAGAGAACAUUCCAAUUGAUCCUGACAUAUGCAUUUCAACAGUUCUCAGUUUUCCAUACGAUAGAAGUAUUGCCGAUAUGCUACCAGCAGGAAACAAUAUUGAACCAGAUACUUUUGGUAAACAGAUACAAUCUCCUCUUGUUGAAGUCGGACUACGUUAUGAUCCACGGUUUAUCUUGCGUUUCUCAAUUCAUUGCCUGUCACAGUCACGUAUAGAGCCUGUGGAGUUUGCUGGGUCAGGAUUGCUUGCAAUUGCAUUUGUCGGCAUGUCAUCAUCAGACCUUGGGAUAAGAAAAUUGGCUUAUGGUACUCUUGAUAAAUUUAAGAGUGCAUUAGAGAACUGCCAAAAGAGGAAGGAUGUCAUGGGACUUCGGCUUCUAUUAAAUUCUAUUCAGAAUAGCAUAGAAGAGCCAUGGCAAAGAAUCCCUUCGUUUAUUGCGCUUUUCGCUGCUGAGGCAUCCUGCGUAUUGUUAGAUUCUUCACACGAUCAAUAUGCAGCUAUAAGUACAAUGUUGAUACACUCUUCUAAAUUGAACAUGAGGGUUAUACCUUUGGUUGAUAACUUUUUUUGGAGUACAUCUAUAAAUUUCAAAGCUGAAAGGUGUUGGAUGCUUAGGCUACUUUAUGCUGGCCUGAACUCAGAUGAUGAUGCCAUCAUAUAUAUCAAGCACUCUAUCCUUGAGAGUCUAAUGAGCUUUUAUGUCUCUCCUCUUAUGGAUGUUGAGUCAAAGGACCUAAUAAUUGAGGUUAUAAAGAAGUCUGUUAAAUUUCAUAAGAUUGCUCGACAUCUAGUGAAACAAUGUUCUCUACUUUCCUGGUUUUCAUCUAUCAUCUCUGUUAAUAGGGAGAGGCUCAACGGAGAAGAAAAGAGAGUAUUCUUGAAGCAUGUGUCGGUAAUAUUGAAGGCUGUCAAUGAUGUCAUUUCAUUGGGAAGAAUCUCCAAGUGGUUGCAAAGUUAUGGCCUUGAGCAGCUUAUGGAGCUUUCGUCUAUUCUAUUGAAUUCCUUACUACAGGAUGUUACAUUUGCUAAUGAAACUUUAGGAUUUAUAAGUCCUUUUCUAAAAAUGAUAGCAUCAAUGUUUAAAUUAUCUCAGAAAAGGAAAAUAUAUCAGCCACAUUUUACACUAUCAAUUGAGGGCUUAUAUCAGAUAUAUCAGGCUGGUAGUAAGUUGGAUGAAGCAACAAAAGGUAUUAAUCAGGAGGCUGCUUUGGAAGCCAUACUGAUGAAUGCACCUCCUAUCUCAAUCUUCCUUAUGAAACAGGAAAGGCUUGAAAGCUUUCUUAUUUGGGCUAUUACAACUGCUUUACAGUCCGAUUCCUCACGAAGGAUGAGAGUGAAUAAGUCUCACAUCUUUCGCACAAAUAAUUACAGGGAAGAGUCUCACGAGCAUUCGUUACUGUCAAAAUUAUUACGUUGGUUAACAGCAUCAGUAAUCAUUGCGAAACUCUAUCAGAAACCCAAUGAUAUGGAUUCGGCAUUUGUUGAAACACAUGAUUUAAAUUCCCUUCAUUCUUUACUGGUACAAGCUGGAAAUGCCAAUGGACAAAGACAUGAUAUUGGAAUUGGCUGUGGGAAGUUACUGGCUUCUGUGAUUUUCUGUCUGCAACUUCUUCAUGACAUAGACCCUGAGGUGCUACCAUCAACUGUCUCGGCUCUCUGUCUUCUAACCUUUGGUGCUUCCAACUUUGCAGUUGGCAGAGGUGAUUUAUUGAAAGAAUACAGCACUUUCAUAUCAUCACACUGUUCAAGGGUGCGGUGCCCUCCUGAAGCUAAUCCAUCUUGGAGAUGGUCCUUUUACCAUCCAUGGAAGGAUUGUUCACCGGAGUUAACUGAUUCCCAGAAGAUGGAUGAAUAUCAUUCUUGUCUGACUUUGUUAGUGGUUGUCUCAAAUGUUCUUGGCGAAAAGAAAUUAGAGUUGGCGAGUUUAUCCCCAUUAGAUAUAGAGAGAUCUGGCUUAUUCCAAUGGGAAAAAAGUUUACUAGAAAAUUGAGUGCUAACCAAGAAUUUCAUCUUGUGUGGCAAUGUAGUGUUUGUGUUAGGUUUGAAAGAAUAAUGUUAUAUAUAUAUAUACUUCAUUUUUGAAGAUGUUUCUCAUCCGAGGAAAAAAGCAUGGAGAAAGUGUAUAUAUGAUGGCGCUCACUUCAGUUACUUGUAAUCAAGAUAUGUAUAGCAACGUGAGAAGCAUGAGUGUAUCAUUUUUGUAACUUGUUUUAUUUAAUUUAAUUUUUUUAAAUUAAGAAUUACAAUUUUGUCAGCUCAUAUAUGUAUUGUACUAAUAAUGUACUUGAUCCCUCUGUAUAA